AUUAACCAGAUAGGAAAUGGAGAAGAGGCAGUAGCCAUGCUGAGCUACUAUUUGAACAAAUUUAUAUGACUGACUAUGUACCUGUUUCAUAAAAUGGAAAACAAAGUUUACUGGGAAAAACAAAGGACAUACUUAAACAUUUGGCUAAUUUUGUGCCUGUUUGCAAGAACCUGUGUAUCAAAUCCUUCAAAACCUAACUUUUUACUGAUACUGGCUGAUGACCUUGGUGUUGGAGAUUUGGGUUGCUAUGGCAAUGAUACAAUAAGGACCCCUAACAUUGAUGGCCUGGCAAAGGAUGGAGUGAGACUCACUCAGCACAUCGCUGCAGCAGCUGUCUGUACUCCCAGCAGAGCUGCUUUCCUGACUGGCAGAUACCCCAUCAGAUCAGGCAUGGCAUCCAGCACUGAGCGUCAGGUUCUCUUCUGGAACGGUGGUUCAGGGGGGCUCCCACCAAAUGAAACCACUUUUGCCAGAAUACUCCACCAGCAAGGUUAUUCUACAGCACUUGUAGGGAAGUGGCAUAUGGGUGUGAACUGCAAAACCCGCCAUGAUCACUGCCACCAUCCUUUAAAUCAUGGUUUUGAUUAUUUUUAUGGCAUGCCCUUUACCCUUCUCAAUGAGUGUCAAGGCUCAGAUGACCCUGAAUUGGCCAAGUCUUUGCAAGAUACAUAUUGGUUUUACACUCAGAUGAUCAUCCUUGCAGUAUUUACUCUUGUGGUUGGAAAACUCGCCAAUUUAUUCCCAGUUAAAUGGAAAAUAAUCAUCUGUUUGGCCAUCUGUGGUCUCCUUCAUUUCAUCUCCUGGUUCUCCAGCUAUGGUUUCACCAAGUACUGGAACUGCAUCCUGAUGAGAAACCAUGAUAUCACUGAACAACCAAUGAACCUACAAAAAACUACUUCUAAUAUUCUGAAGGAGGCAAUUGCAUUCAUUGAAAGAAACAAGCUUAGACCGUUUCUUCUCUUUGUUUCCCUUUUACAUGUUCACACCCCUCUCAUUACCACAGAGAAGUUUCAGGGAAGAAGCAGGCAUGGCCUGUAUGGAGAUAAUGUAGAGGAGAUGGACUGGAUGGUGGGCAGGCUUCUGGAUGUUAUUGACAAAGAAAACUUGAAGAAUACCACCUUCAUUUAUUUUGCAUCUGAUCAUGGAGGAUUCUUAGAGGCUCACAGAGGAAAUUCUCAGCUGGGUGGAUGGAAUGGGAUAUAUAAAGGUGGAAAAGGAAUGGGAGGCUGGGAAGGAGGAAUCCGUGUUCCAGGCAUAGUUAGGUGGCCAGGAGUGUUGCCUGCGGGGACAGUCAUCGAUGAACCCACGAGCCUUAUGGACAUUUAUCCUACAGUAGUUCAACUGGCUGGAGGGACAGUGCCUCAGGACAGGGCCAUGGAUGGGCACACCUUGCUGCCCCUGCUGCAGGGGACAGAGCAGCACUCCAGGCACGAGUUCCUGUUCCACUACUGCGGGGUGUUCCUGCACGCAGUGCGCUGGCACCAGAAGCACAGUGGCACUGUAUGGAAAGCUCAUUAUGCCACUCCAGUAUUUCAGCCAGAAGCCUCUGGGGCCUGUUUCAGAAGAGGAAUUUGUCCAUGUUUCGGGGAUGGGGUAAUCCAUCAUGACCCUCCACUGCUGUUCAAUCUCUCACAAGAUCCGUCUGAGGCAAAUCCUCUUUCAGCUGACACUGAGCCCUUGUUUGACACUGUGGUGAGGAGAAUGAGAGGAGCUGUGGAAGAGCAUCGCAAGACUCUGACUCCAGUCCCACAACAGCUCUCUCCUUACAAUAAUAUGUGGAAGCCGUGGCUGCAGCCAUGCUGUGGCACAUUCCCAUUCUGUUGGUGUAAUGAAAAUAACAAAACAUAGUCUAAUACCAAAGUCAAAGUACAGCUAGCUUUAAGGAAGUUGGUAAUUUUUCACAUUCACAUUACUACAGUCAUAAAGAGAGUAAAGAUUAAAUUAUACUGGCAUAACUAAAAGGGACAUUAGUAAUCACUAAUGGUUUUUUUCAACCUUUUCUCUUAUCCAUGGAAAUUAGGUAAGGCUGUGGUUUAAAAAAAUUAGGGGUCAUCUGUAUAAUCUGUCAAGUGAAUAAUUCAGGAUUAAAUACCAAAUAAAUGAAUCAAAAUUUAUUUUCUUACUGACUUACAACUCAAGCAAAUGAUGACAGAUAGAAAAGCAAAUUUUCAAUAGCAAUUGUCUGUAUAGGAAAUAUGCUUGUUGAGAGAACAGGACUGAGCCCAAGAGGGUAUCCCUGUUAGGCCUUAUGUUUUUAAUGAAAAAUUAACCUUUUGCACAAAAAUGAAAGGAUUAUGACAAUGAAAAAAGUAAUAAAAAUAAAAUUGCACAUUUAAUUUGGAAAUAUACCAAAAUGUAUUGGCCUCUCAAAAAUAAGCACCUAUUAAAUUACAGCAUUUUUUUUUGCCUCAUUAUCUGUGCAUUUAUUUGUCUGUCAUGCAAGAUUUCCUAGGGAAAA